AUGUCUGUAGCACUGCGGCCCUGCCUGCGACCGAAUGCAUUACCCAGCUUAGCAUCUUCGGCCACUACCUCUACAACCUAUAUCUGUCAAGCAUGUCGGCAUGCGCGGCUCAUCAAGCGACCGAAGCGGCCCUAUACUUUUACUCAACUAGUAACGCUCUCCGACGGUAGUGCCUUCACCAUGCGAACGACUUCCCCGAUACCGGUCUAUAGGUCGACCCGCGACACCAGAAAUUCUCCCCUGUGGAACCCGACCUCCAAGGAGCUUCUGAACGUUGAAGACGACGAGUCAGGAAGGCUGGCAAGCUUUCGAGCUCGGUUCGGUACAAGUUUUGAUAGUUCAAAGACGGCAAAGAAGACGGACCAGGUCGCCGCGACCAUCGCCACAGACACUUCCCCAACAGAGACUAGAGCCGCGCCUACAAAAGAGCCUACAUUUGAGGAGGAGCAGAACGUGUUUGCUGAGGACGACAUCAACUUGUUGGACUUCGUCAGCUCAUUUGGCCAGGAAAGAAGCCAACAAAGUCAGCAGACGCUGCCAAAACAGGGUGGGAAAAAGUAG